CAUCAUGUUUUUAUAGAAUUUUGAAGCCAACUGUUUUUAUGCCAAGUUUUAAAGAUCUCAGUGCUACUUUGACAGGACUGCCUUACAAGCCUCAACUAUAAAAGGAUUUCCUUUAAGACUUCUCAGUGUUCACUUCUUCCGCCUCGCUCGCAUUUUCUACAACCUGCCGGCCUAUAUACCAGCAGACCCAUAAACCUGCCUUUGUUACAAUGCGAGCAAAGAUCAAGUCACCAAAUAGCGUGUUGCUUUUUUGUACUUUGAUAAUGGCAAUCGCAUUUUUGCAGAUUUGUUUAUACCGCAGCAAAUAAAGUCUGGAUGUACGCUGUAUUUUUCACCAUUUUAAAGCUACAUACUCUCAUAUCAUCCCUGUUUAAAGUUGAAUCAACAAUUUACGUCUCGUGGCAUGGCAACGACACAAACAAUAAAUGCGAGAUCAGGGAGUCACCGUGCAAAUCUCUUCGACAUGCAAUCUCGCAAAGCAAGGACCAAGAUGAAAUUCACGUCCUUGUGGGCAAUGACAAGAAUUAUACAAACAUAAACAGUAAAAGAUUAUCCGUAAAGGAAGAUGGCAAUGAACGGUCUGUAUCCUCAAUUUUUGCUGUGAAAGAAACAGUGACAAUAACGAAGUCUUUACAGUUUGUAGGAGUAGGAGGUAGGCCUCUUUUGCUUCUACCUACAGACAAAUUCGGCUUUGCUGUACAAGCCUUCAAAGAACACAUCAAAGUCUCGUUCACAAAUUUCGAGGUGGCAGAGACGCACGUGCACGAGGUUGAGAAGAGCAAGACAUGCAAGCCAGGGUCACAUGGAUUUAUAUCUAUGCAAGGAGUGAGUGUAAGCAUCCGGGACUGUGUGUUGCGACGCAUGUGCAAUGCCAUCAAUGUUGUUGGACCUAACAAUGGGCUUUCUGAAAUCAAACUGGCGGAAAGCUCAAUAACAAAUGUUCAUUAUUGCGUUUAUUCAAAGAAUGUAUCAAUGAUAACCCUUGAAAUGCAAGAUACUAGCAUCGUUGGGGAAAAUGACUCGCAAGUCCCCUAUUACGCAGUUUCCUUAAUUAUCAUGGACGCCGCUGUUGUCCAUAUCAUUGGAUGCACCUUCAUUAAACUGAACGAGGCCGUUGCUAUUUCAAUGCACCACGGAAAACUAGUAAUGAAACUUUCUCAUUGUCGAUUCCAAGAGAAUUCAGGGCAGAGUGUUUUGUUGAGCUUCUCGGCGAAUUCAAACAUGCAAGCUUCGAUUAUCCACUUGGAUCGCCUUGAGUUUACAAAUAACGAUGGGGGGUACGCAUCAUCCCUCCAUCUUGUUCGGUCUUGGGAACUAUCCGACAAAGUUAGACGACCGGCACCGGAAAUACAUCUUACUCGGUCGGUAUUUCGCAACAAUUAUGCCCAAGCGUUCUUCGGAGCAAUCUACGCAGAGGGAGUCCACUUGCAAAUACAUUCAACACAGUUCAACAAUAAUACAGCUGGCAAUGAGCUCUCUGCAAUCCAAGCAUUCGGAGGAGCUAUCUUUAUAGAGUCUUGGACGAAUGUUGAAGUCAUUAAUUCUUCUUUUGCAAACAAUACAUGUUCUGGGUUCGGAGGUGCGGUAUUUUCACGCGGAUACUUCUCAGCAAGAAACUGCGAGUUUCGUGGCUCGGCCAAGAGUUCAAUUAAACCACUUCUCGGGGACAUUUUGUAUGCAACGGCAGGCCUGCUCUUGGAAAACACAACAUGGUAUCCGGAUAAAUCAUAUCGAUCAGAAUCUGCGAUUUGGCAUCCUGGCAGUCCAACUCUUGAGUCUUGGAACAUAAAGAUCGCCGGUCAUUUCGUAAUUUAUUGCCCGGUCGGACAUAAUGUUACCGCUCAUGGCCUUUAUAGACAUCCUGGUAUGUUGACGGAUCGGAUUUCAAUGGGGUGUCGCUCUUGUCCGAGAGACCAAUACAGCCUUCAGUCCGGAUAUUUAAAGCUGGUUUCUAUCGACGACAGAGUUGUUUUUCACGAUAUUCGCAACGUCUCAUGUUUUUGGUGUCGAUACGGUGGCGUAUGCGAGCACGGUCACAUAAAGUCGAGAUCAAAUUACUACGGAUAUAUUUCCGGACAUCCAGAAGAAGUUAAGUUCAUUUCGUGUCCUUUUGGGUACUGUUGUAAAGGUGACGAUUGUGUGUCUUAUAAUUCGUGCAGCCCUCUACGAAGGGGUUCCCUUUGUGGGUCCUGUGCAGAGGGAAUGACUGAAAACUUGCUCAGUGCCAAUUGUGUGAAGAGGGAAAGCUGCAAAGAUAGAUGGUUUUGGCUGAUCUAUUUUAUGUCAGGAAUACUUUACAUUUCCUUCUUUAUGUAUCUUGAUAGGAUAAGUGCAUUUCUGAAAGGACAAUUAAUAUGGUGGGAAACAAAGCUAGCGAGUAUUAAAGAGGGGAGUGAAGUUGACCAAGGACCGGAUGAGAUGCCGAUGCAUGGUGCAGUGGAAGCUGAAGAAACUACAGGUAGUAUAUGCACCAAUGAUGAAGAAGAAGAAGUAGUAGAAGAGGAUAUUCAAUCGGAAGGAGGUGUUUAUAAAGAGUGUUCACAAUCUCAGCAGAAUGACGAGAAGGAUACUUCUAGCCAAAGCGACGUCUUCAGCAACAUAAUCAAUAUUACAUUCUACUUCUACCAAAUGAUUCUGAUAAUCCGUGACCACGACAACGUCAUUCUUAGUCAAACUCUGGUUUUAGUCAAAGAGAUUUCCACAAGCAUCUUUACUUUCUCCCUUGAUGCUGAGUCGUCCCUUACGCUGUGUCCAUUUGCCGGUUUGUCACCAGUUUCCAAGAGCUUUCUCGUGCGUUCCUUUGCAAUCUACGUCAUUGCAUUGCUUGUCAUCAUAAACACUUUUGAAGGGAUCUACACCCUCUUUCAGAAGAUUUUUCCCUGGGGAGAAGUGAGGUUGGCACCAAACACUAACUCGACCUUCACGGUCCGUCUUCGCGUCACAACUAUACAGAUAACCUUGCUCGCCUACUCGACAAUAACGAACAUGACAAUGAACUUUGUGAAUUGCGUGCCAAUCAAUGGAAACAGCGUUCUUUACAUGGAUGGAACGAUCAAGUGCUUUGUUUGGUGGCAGAUUGUCGCCAUUUUCUUUAUAAUUUUCUGGAUAAUACCGUUCCCUUUCGCACUGGUUCUUGGCAUAACCCGACUCCAGGACAACGCAAUGUCCUACCAUAGAUUUAUUAUUGGUCUCAUUUUUCCCUUCUGUUUUACUUUUUACUGCCUGUUGCAAAGAGUACUGUGCUGCUUCUGGAUUGAUGCAAAAAAUGAUUUCAACAAAUGCUGCGAAGGAGACCAAGAGAUUUCAGAAGAUUCAAGUGACGUCGAGCGAGUAAGACAGGCUGUGGAAUCAUCCUCAGUACAAGAAAUACUCUUGAGGUUUGAAGCGCCUUUCAAAGAAGAAAACCCGGGAACAAUUAGCACGAAGCCGGGAUUCUGGCAGGGGGUUCUGAUAAUCCGGCGCUUGAUAAUCAUUAUAAUGUUCACGUUCAUUAACAACCCGGUAACACGACUUUACUUUAUCUUCACAGCUUGCCUCUUCUUUCUCAUGCAUCAUCUUGUGUAUCUUCCAUACAAGAGAGAUGUCAUUAAUUUCUUUGAAACAUUCUCUUCAGCUACACUUGUCAUGUUCUGCAGCAUUAAUAUAUUCUUUGCUUACAGUUAUGUGAGCAACGUACCCCCUGAAAAUGCUGAUGCGAGAAUUAGCUUGAUCUUCGAUUGGUUUGAAGUUGUCAUACUCGUGCUAUUUCCUCUUCUCUUUUGUAUCUUGCUCCUGAUUUUGGUAAUAGCUAGAAUAUCAGCUACCAUAUACAAAGUUUUUGUAAAUUUUUGUAGAAAGAUUGAUUAACAAAAUUGCAACAUGUAGUUUUUGAGAAUAUUGGUUGUUCUUCUUUUCGGACGUGGUCUAGCUGAUAUUCCAAAUCAUUAAUGCGUGCAUAGCUUUUUUAACAUAUAAACUAGGCGACAUUUUUACCGUCCAGUGAAACAAUUUUGCCGCCUCCCGGACAAAAAUAGUUUAGACCUUUCAAGAAAUCUUUAUUUAUUUUUUUUAUUAUUAUUAAAUUCCUAUUUCAACACGAUAUCCCAUCAGAAACCUCAGUACAAGUUAUGAUAAGUUAAACAACUAAAAAUGGAAGACAAAAAUUUAAAAAAUUAUUUAAUAAUAUGAGUGACUUCAAUCUGACGUUUUAUCUUCCUAGGAGUCGUGUUUUAAUUCGGAUUUCCUGAGCUCUUCAAAUGAGCUUCUAACAUAUGUUUCUCUUUCCUUUGAAAAAUAGCUUCCCCCUCCCCCAAUUCAAUGUUGAAUGCAUAAUUUUGAAGCAAAAAUGGUAUCGGCCGGGCAAAUUUGGAAAUUUUGUUUAGGUCGCACUUUUACUGCUACUUUUGCCCCAGCGUGGUUUUUGGAUUUAUGAUCUUUUUCUCCCAUCUUUUUUUCAAUCUCCGCCCAGUUGGGAAAACAAAACAGAAACGAGGCAAGCAACAGCAACAUAAUUACAUUUCGGUCUUUCAUCUCGAGUUCGUCUCGAGAUGCAGAAGUAGAGUCUGAAGUAUUGAUGAACAGCGAGAGUAUACAGGGCCGCCAGACCCAAUUUUAAACAGGGGGGCCAAAAGGAAAAAAAGGGCACAAACAUUUAUUUUUCGCAACAUUGGUUGUUGCCAAUAUUGGACACAGCGUAAAUGACUAUGUGCUCGAUUCAACGGUCACUCACUUUUGGGCAUACUUAAUUGUAUUAUUCCUCAUGGGCGUAGAAACAAUGUAGAAAUAAUGAUCAUUUGAAUUUUAAAGCACAGUUUUUAUUGGUGGAUUUCUAUUUUUUUCAACAAGCGCCCUUUCUCUAGUGAGCGCCCCUCUCCAAUGGGCGUCCCUUUCUAAUGAGCACCCUCAAUUUGAUGCCAAAAUGAAAUUGACCAACCCUGGCAUUCAUUAGAGAGAAUACGGUGUGUAUCCAACUGAGAAACAACUGUAGACACGCUGAGGAAAUUUUUCUCGCCCAGAAACUCCUUCGCAAUAGAUAGAGUUAGAAAUUGAGAAUCGCAUGAACAACGCCUUGAUUUGUUUUACUUGGCGUCUAAAGGCAAAAUAUCUGAGUGUAAAAAUAGCAUACACAAUAAUUUUUUAAAGGCAUUUUUCACACUUUUUCCAAUCAGAGCGGGGGGGGCCUGUGCCAGUGUCAGAUCUUGUAACUUUAUCAUUGCAUCUCAUUAUUUUCUAUCUAUAUUAAAUGCGAUGCCUCUUUGGUUAUAAAGCUGCCUAGAAGGAUAGGUGAAUUUCUUUAGGAAAGAUUUUUUCAGCUUUAUUUCUUUUAACCGUUUAAAUAUCCUUAAAUAACUGAUAAGAAUGUGAUGCAAAAUGCUUGCAUGUUUUGCAUGUUCUUUUGUUUAUUGUGUAUUUGUAUGCCUGUCUUCUGUUUCUUUACGUGACAAUGAUCCCUCUUGGCUAGAGGGUUAAGUUUAAAUGC